AUGGUUGUCUACUACCAGCUCGCCGGCAAGAAGGUCGGCUCUCACGUUCUCGCCAUGGCCACCCUCGGCACCAUGUUCGCCGGUUCUUGGCUCGCCAUGUCCGGUGGUGAGAAGCCCAAGACCGCUCAGGGUCCUCCUAUCAACGCCGCCUCUAAGGAUGAGGAGAACUUCGUCCAGAACUUCAUGAAGGAGGUUGAUGGCGGCGAGAAGAAGCCCGCCGCUGGCCACUAA